UUUGUUACUAAUUCAAAUAUAAUCAAAGAUGUUUUUUUAAUCUAAAGAUUUGCCCACAGAGAGAACUUUCGUCAUUGUUACUGAGAACAACAAUGUUCCUCAUAAAAAUGUGCGUCCAACAGCUUGUUCUGAUCAUUUAUGUUGUAAAUGAUUCUCUCCUCUUCAAAGUGAACAUCCCUCUGAAGUCAUUUGUGUUACAGGGAGGGAGGCAAAGGGAGAGAGUUAACUUGAGCAGUUCCCUCCUCCUGACGUUGAGCUCGCCCUCUCCCGCACGCUCACAGACUCACCCGGCUGAGCGGCGCUGAACAAGCUGCGCUUCGCUCAGAGCAGAGCAGAGUUUGGUCUCCCUCCUUUUCGCCUCCCGUGAUCUCCUCUGGCCUCCUCGCUCCAUGGGACUCCAGACCUGGCCACCAAGCAAGCCACCACUGCCCUCCAUGGCCUGCCUUGAUGUGGAGACCCCUUCUAUCUGCAGGGGUAAAUUCAAAUCAGUCCUGCAGCUGUGUUUGCAGCAGAGGAGAAGUCGGGAGCAGCUCGUGGAGCAAGGGAUCAUGCCGCCUCUAAAAUCACCCGCCGCCUUUCAUGAACAGAUUCGCAACCUGGAGAGAGCCCGAACUGGGAACUUCCUGAAGCACAAACUCUGCAGCAGACCAGAGCGCUCUGAACUGGUCCGUAUGCACAUCCUGCAAGAGACGCAGGCAGAGCCCUCCCUGCAGGCCACACAGAUGAAGCUGAAGAGAGCCAGACUGGCGGAUGAUCUCAAUGAGAAAAUCGCUAAGAGGCCUGGACCGCUGGAGCUGGUUGAGAAGAAAAUCCUGCCUGUUGACUCUGGUGUUGAGGAGCUCAUCAAUGGUGAUGAGGCAGAGUGCUCUCAGACGCUCCCCGCUUCAGAUGUUUACAGCUUUGAUGAAGACAGCGGUGAUGCAGCUUCGCCCCUGCAGUCAAACAGCCAGCAGUCGCCGCGCUCACACGCCUCGCCGUCAGAGUCCGGAGGGGCGGAGCCCGCUGCCGUCCUCAAAACUCCCACACAACAAACUCUAAGCCCAAAAGCCACCACAGAUGUAGUCAACCUCGCCUCCACCAAGCAACAGAGCAACCAGCAACCCCGUCUGUCCAACACUAACAGUGUCCCCAAUUCUCCAUCGGGACCAGUUCUUGUAAAACAAAGCUUGGCCAGGCUACCGGCGGACAAAACCCGCAGCAAAAAGAGCAGAGAGCCCAGGCCACGGGUGAAAAAACUGAAGUACCAUCAGUAUAUUCCCCCUGACCAGAAGCAGGAGCUCAGCGAAGUGCAGAUGGACUCCUCUUAUGCUCGUCUCCUGCAGCAGCAGCAGCAGUUCCUGCAACUCCAGAUCCUGAGCCAGCAGCAGCAGUACAGCUACCAGACCAACCGGCCUGCUUUGAUCCAAUCAACAAGUGAGGCACAAACCAGCUGUUCAACUGUUGUUCUCAGAGGAAACAGUCAGUCUGCUCCUGCACAGCUCCACCCCGCCAUGACCAAUCACAAGCCAGAUCAUCUACCGGCUAAUCUGGAUGAGAUGAAGGUCGCUGAGCUCAAAAUGGAGCUGAAGCUCAGAUCUCUACCUGUUUCUGGGACGAAGACUGACCUCAUAGAGAGGCUUAGGCUGUUUCACGACAGCUUGAACAUCCAGAGUGUCGUUGCCACGGAAACGACUAAAGCUGAAAGCGUCAAGUCGACUCCGCCGGUUUCUGUGAUAGCUUCCAAAGUGUCCAACCUGGGCAUAAAUGACAAUAACAUGAGUCCCCCACAGGGAGCGAGUGGAGGGGAGAGUCCCACGCAGAAAAAAUCCUCUGACAAGGACUCUGAGAAGGACAAACGUCUGCACGAGAAGGAGCGUCAGAUCGAGGAGCUGAUGAGAAAGCUGGAGCAGGAGCAGAAGCUGGUGGAGGAGCUGAAGAUGCAACUGGAGGUGGAGAAAAGAAGUCUUCAGCUCAGCCCUUUGGUUCCGAUCCAGAUUAAAACGGAGAGCAGAACCCUGUCCAGUUGCUCGGUCUCCUGCAGCUCUCCCACUCUGCUGGUCAAACAAGAAAAAUCUGCAGAUCGGAACCACAGCAGCACAAACCCGUUCAUCAUCUGCCACCAGCCUGUCCGAGCCCGAGCUCAGGUCCUGAGCUCAGGUCCGGCCGACGGCGGGGAGCUGCUUCACAGCGCCACCGCUCCAGGCCACGUCCAGACCUCUGGAACGAUGCCACCGAAAACACAGGCCUCAGCAGCAUUACAGCAACAAUGCAGCACUCAAACCAAGCAACUGAAAAAUAAGACAAAAUUCACAAACCAAGUUACAAAAACCAAGGAUCCGCCUCGCUAUGAGGAUGCAGUCAAACAGACACGCAGCAUGCUAGCUGCAGUUCAGGGUACCACUCCAGCGAGCCAGCACAUGGAUGACCUCUUCGAUGUGCUGAUUGAGAGCGGCGAGAUCUCUCCUUUCAUCAGGCAGGAACCUCCCAGUCUGGACAAGCCUCUGCCGGUGACAGCCAGCGUAACCACCCUUCCCAUCAACACGGUGCUGUCCCGGCCUCCGCCCCUGGUGCAGGUGGCUCAGCCGCCCGGCUCCUCGCUGACCGGACUGACCUCCAACACCCAGCUGGAAACCCUUUUAGACAGCACGCUGGACGCUGAACCGCAGAAACUGAAGCUGAUGGAGGAGUUAAGCUCACCUAUGGAGGAGCACCUCAAUGAAUGCACAUCGCCUUCUGGCCCUAACCUGGAGAACAGCAACAUAGACAACAUGGACUGGUUGGACCUUACUCUGUCUGCACCUGCAGAGGGAGUUAACCCUUUGGACAUGUCGAUACCUGUGGGCGUAUUCUCCCCAGACUUCCUGGAUUCUCAUGGACUGCACAUGAACUGGGACUGACCUCAAAGGUGAAUACUCCAAUCUGUCACUCCAAAGUCAUGUUUUGCUUUUUGUUGGGAUAAUUUGUUCUCUGAUGAUCUGAAGUCACAGCAUGAGUUUGGAACAGGCAGAUUUGAUUCUUUUUAGGCCUCUGUAAAGGCCUGGACUCCAUAUAGAGAAAGAUGAAAUGGUACUUCUGAGUUAAAAGUGGGCAGCAGCCUUUGAGAUUUCUGUUUAAAGUUGCAUUUGCUUCAUGGUCAGUGGUCAUGUCACAAUCCUAGAAUCCUAGAUCAGAAAAAAAUGUGUAUUUUUUUUUCAUUAUUGGGAAAACUUUGCAUUAAUAUGAGAGAUUUUGUAUUUUUUACUUCAUUCUGUUUUGACCUGACUUGCAAAAUCUCAAAAGAAAAAACCUUAAAAUGACAUAAAACAUCACACAACUCAAACCACUUGAUUUUUUUAUGUCGAUGUUUAUAUUAACCUCAAACCUAUGCUCUUUUUUCAAAAGUAUUUGUGAUUUUUUUUUUCUUUCGCACAUAGAGUUUCUAUUCAGAAGCAUAGAAAGCAGAAAAUAAAACACAGGAACACAUUGAUUGGUUUAAACUUUAAGAAACUAACAUGUGGUUUUAUGUUUUUUGUUUUUUUUUGCUAAAGUUAUCAGAACUUAAAGUGCACACAGGUGCUUCCUGCAAACUGGAAGCCAAAAAACUUCUGAAGCAAAUUAACUUUGACUAAAUCCGUCAUUUCAAAGGAUUUAGUUGCAGACAAGCUGACAAAACCAGUCCCAACUCUUUGAACGUUUCCAAAUUUCAUAACCAGUUCUGUAAGUCUUCAAGCUCCUGUACAACAUGUGAAACUGGCGACAAACACCUCUGUUAGUCCUUUGAACCUUAAGGCAAUUUUUUUUUAUUUUUCUAAAGAUCUCUAGUUUCACUUCAAUUACAAGAAUCGCUGAAUUCUGACAGAUUUACUUCUGAAGUGACUUUAUUUUAUUUGUGUUUUUCUUUUUUUUUCUUUUAUGGUCCAUGUUCACAGAGUUAAAGGAAAAAGAAUAUCCACAAAAACAAAUUUAAACUAUUUCUCAACUGGUAGCCUCUUGUUUUGUGCUUUGGCGCCCUCUGGUGGUCACAUUUAGUUUGACAUAUCCUGAAAAGGUUAUUUUCUAUUUGAGAAAAACAACGAAUUUAACACUAACGGUGGAGAAAAACAUCACGCACUUCAGUGUUUUAGAUUUUCUUCUGUUUCCUGUCUUUGAAGCAAUUACUUUUAGUCUCUGGAAUAGUAUGAACUGAGUCACUUUACGGUGAAAAGAGUGAUUUUUUUCUUCUUUGUUUCUGUAGCUCAAUGUCUGAUUGUGAGUUUCCUGAAAGGGUUAUGUGCUGGAAUUAGAAAUGCUUUGUCUCUUCAUUUGUGUACUUCAAACCAAAAGCAUUGUAUUUCAUACUUUGUAGACAAUAUACAAGUAUUAUAUUUAUAUAAUUUUUUAUACAUGAGUAGUUGUUUUGUACAUACAGAAAUCAGUUUGGGAUGCAUUUGUGCAUCACCAACUUUUCUUUAAAGGUUGUUAAAAAACGAGGAAAAACAAAAAAAAAAGUGCAAUUAUGAAUUUUAUAAGAGAAAUAAAUGUUUAUAUCAUUCAAA